CGACUUUCCUUACUGAAGAGUUGGCAACACGGGGGAAUCCUCGCCUUCUUCGAGUCCGUUUAGCAGAGGGCUGAGUUUUCCCGGAGUUUUCUCUGAGAGGGGCUUUUAAACAGACCUCACAACAUGUCACUGACACAUGGGUAGCGCGUUAGCCCCCCCGCCUGAUCAGGCGCGAUGGCGCCUUCACUGCACGGAUUUCACGGAACUUCCCGUUUAUUAGCGCACGCGUUGCUCACCGGCGGCGUGAAUGGAGCCCAAAAAGUGUUCGCCAGGCUGAGAGGAGCUGAUGCAGCCUUCGGUUUGCGCUGCUUUCUGGAGUCCUUAUGUGGAGACGAGGCGAGGCUGGAUAAGGACACUCAAGCCCUGACUAGAAAGCCACUGGUCUGCUUCUUUUCUGAGGCCUUCAAGUGUAAUCUGCUUUGCUUUCUGCACCUUGUGCAUUCCUGGGUGCCACGAGACGGCGUGCUUGCCCUGCUCCACUGCAUGGCUCAGGAAGUGAAGCAAAAGCCAUGGAUUUGGGCCUUAAUUCACCAGCUUCAGAGAGACGUUGGCGAUGAGGAACUUGGGCAAAAUGCCCUUCUCAGCCCAGAAUGUUUGGUGCAUCUGAAAGGACUGUGUGAGAAAUUCAAAGACCCUGAAGCGAAAGGAGGGUGGGAACUUUACCUGAAUGAACACAGGACUGAAGUGCCUUCGGAUAAUGAGACGGAUUCGGCUCUGAAGAAGAGAAAAAACGAGGUUAUAGAUCUUGAUAUGGGUACGGAUAUGGGUGAGCCCAAAACCAAAAGGAUGAAGAUGGAUCUCCCAGACAGUGAUGGCACUGAGAGUGAAAAGGUGGCUGAGGAUGAGGAGGAAAUUGACGUGCAGCUUUACUGUGGUCCGAAUAGAAGUUCCUCAUCGGGACAGCAGCCACAACAUGACGAUUCACUUAGUAUCUUGCCAGAGCACAUAAAGGCUGCUGUUCCUUUGAUUAAAGAAAUACUGCAGUCUGAAACGGAGUGGGAUGAGAGCUGCAUGGUGACACUCAAAGUGCUGAAUGAAUGUGACUCAAAACAGUUACAGGUGUUGUGUGACCUGCUGGGUUUGGCUGAGGCACCUGAGCAGACGUUACCUCAUUUCUGCAGCUUCCUGCUGUCUCUGUCUCCAGAUCUCAGCCACAGCACAGCCUCUGUCAUUAUCAAGAACCUCCUGCUAGGCAAGGUUCUUUCCCUCACCGAACCAGCCUGUCGUUCUCUGGUCACUGCUGUAACGUCGCUCUGCAGUCGAUACCCAAGACCCACCUGCCAAGCUCUCAUAGAGCCAAUCAUAAAGGAAGGACAAACAGGUAGCGCUCAGGCUGAGUUGCUGUGUCAGCUGGUGAAGAAUUGCCUUGAGCCACAUCACAGGCUUCUUGUAUUCGAGAUGACACUUGUGGGAUUGUGGAAUGACGGUUUGUUGUCAGUCAUCCAUGCCAUACUGGAUUCAAAGAUUGAGCUGAGUGAAGAGCUUUUUUCUCUUUUCACCAACCAGUUGAGCAGUCAGUCUCCACACUUUACCAAGUCCAUGAAGUUUGCCAAGAUGAUGCUGACUGUCUUGACAAAGUUCCACUCUCAUGUGAGUGCAGCAUGCCAGCACGCUCUGUCCUCCUGUAUCUCUUUCAACGAGACCUUCUUGAAGAAGUCCCUCCAAGCUGCACUAAAGCGCAUCACUCAUUAAUGUUAUAUUAUGUUAGUAAUAUAUAAGAAAAUGUUCUAUAUUCUCUAAAAUGUAUUGGACUGUCAGUGUGAUAUAAAUAUGAAUAAAUAAACAUAUACCUGUACACUAUGAUGGCACUGUCCUAUAACACAUUGUCACCCCCCCCCACCCUUCUCCACCUUUCUCCACAUUUCUCCACCUUUCUCCACCUUUCUGACAAAAAAUAAAUAAAAAUACUGCAAUGUG